UGUACUCUAAGUAUUAAGACCAGCCCUCCGGGCGGCUCUGUACGUGGCAGCGGCUGAAACCCCUCUCUGUCCUACUCAUAACCCCAGGGGUGCGCAGCGAAACAGCGUCCACACACCGAAGCGUGACGGUACUCUUCAAAAGUCAACAGAGUAAAGGUUAUUGAAAGAGGCAGAAUGAGAUUACUUUCCUACAUCCUCUGGGCUCUGCUCUGGUGCUGCUGCUGUUGGCCAACGCAGGCAGAGGUCUUCACUUCUAUAGGACAAAUGACAGACCUGAUCUACACAGAAAAAGAGUUGGUCCAGUCUCUGAGGGACUACAUACAAGCAGAGGAGUCCAAGCUUGCUUCUGUAAAAAGCUGGGCCAGCAAACUAGAUGCUCUGACCAGAGUGUCCACCUCUGAUCCAGAGGGCUACCUGGCACACCCAGUAAACGCUUACAAACUGAUGAAGAGACUCAACACAGAGUGGACUGAACUGGAGAGCCUGGUGCUUCAGAACCCCUCUGCAGGGUUCAUUUCCAACAUGUCCGUACAUAGACAGUACUUUCCAGAUGAAGAAGAUGAGACGGGUGCAGCCAAGGCACUGAUGCGUCUUCAGGACACAUACCAACUGGAUUCUGAGGCUUUCUCCAAAGGAAAGCUACCAGGUGUUCACUCCAAUGCCUUACUGACGGUGGACGACUGCUUCGACAUGGGAAAGACCGCGUACAAUGAGGCAGACUAUUACCAUGCUGUUCUGUGGAUGCAGCAGUCCUUGAAGCAGUUGGACGCCGGCGAGGAAGCUGUGGUUUCCAAGGCGGAGAUCUUGGACUACCUCAGCUAUUCUGUUUACCAAAUGGGAGACUUACCGCGAGCCAUUGAGCUGACACGCCGACUUGUGGCUAUUGACUCCAGCCACCAGAGGGCAGGUGGAAACCUGCGGUAUUUUGAGCGCUUACUGUUUAAGCAACGCAAUGAGAUGAACAAAGACUAUGAGGCUGCUUCUGAGGAGCCCAUCCAGCUGGGAACCUACAGCAGACCCAAAGACCAUCUCCCAGAGAGAGAGGCCUAUGAAGCCCUCUGCAGAGGAGAGGGCCUCCAAAUGAACGACGCAAGGCGCAGCCGUCUGUUCUGUCGCUACCAUAAUGGUAACAAGAACCCUCUUCUCCUGCUGAAGCCCAUGAAAGAGGAGGAUGAGUGGGACAGCCCCCACAUCGUACGCUACCUGGAAAUGCUGUCACAUGAGGAGAUUGAGAAGAUUAAGGAGCUGGCUAAACCCAGGCUUGCCAGAGCUACUGUCCGUGACCCCAAAACAGGCGUCCUGACCACAGCCAACUACAGAGUGUCAAAAAGUGCGUGGUUGGAAGAAGAGGAUGACCCCGUCAUAGAAAGAGUCAAUCAGAGAAUAGAAGCCAUCACAGGGCUAACAGUAGACACCGCAGAGUUGCUACAGGUUGCUAACUAUGGAGUUGGAGGACAGUACGAGCCACACUAUGACUUCUCAAGGCGCCCUUUUGACAGCAACCUCAGGGUCGAUGGAAAUAGACUUGCUACAUUCCUAAACUACAAAGAUGAACCUGAUGCUUUCAAAAGAUUAGGCACUGGAAAUCGCGUGGCAACUUUUUUAAACUACAUGAGUGACGUCGAGGCAGGAGGUGCCACGGUCUUCCCUGACUUUGGGGCAGCAAUCCGGCCGAGAAAGGGGACAGCAGUCUUCUGGUACAAUUUGUUCAAAAGCGGCGAGGGAGACUAUAGGACCAGGCAUGCAGCCUGUCCUGUCUUAGUAGGAAGUAAAUGGGUGUCAAACAAGUGGAUCCAUGAGCGUGGUCAAGAGUUCAGGAGACCCUGUGGUCUGACAGAAGUCGAUUGAAGUUUGACCCACACCUAAAGAACCUGUACACACACAGACACACACAAACAUGCAUACACACCCUCAGUAGUGCCUUAAUUUUGGCAGUGAUGCAACUCACACAUUAUUCAACACUUACACAAGUGUUCUCUCCCCUAACUUGUUGACAUGAUCAAGAAAUAUUUUCUGAGGAAAUUGGCACUGGUGUGUGGGAUCUUUGUCCACAUACUGCUCCGUUUAAACGUCUUUACUCAGAAGUAACUGCUUUUCCAAGUAAAAGCAUUAAAAUUAGGUAUGAUACAGAAAAACCUUUACUAAUGUCUGGUGUUAAAAUAUUAAAACACACAGUGGCAAAAAACCUUAGCAGCAGCAACCUUAGCAAAUGGUGUCACAGAAUGUUUGAUUUCUUUACAUCUCCACACAUAUUUCUGAAUCAGAACAGCAACUAAGUGAAAACAAUUGUAGACUGUAUCACACUGAGAUAUUAUAAAUUACAAAUGAAAUGCUUCAAUUUACAUUUUAAAUUUGUCUUGUUCAAUACUGAAUACAUGUUCCUAAAUAUUUGGUCAGAAAUGUCAGUUUACAAAAGCACAUUGGAUGCAGAGUAAAGUCAUGGUAUUGGAUUUAUAUAGAGAGAUUUUUAGAUUGGGAUAGACACAAAUUGGCUUUACUGUAUCUUCACAAUGGGUUACACUCCCGUCACGCUGUGCUUUAUCAUUUGCACCCAAAGUGUUUUAAUCUCCUUCAAACCUAACAGAAGAAUAAAUUUCCUCCAAAUCAUGUUCAUCUGAUUUUUAUUUAUAGUGUUUAAAUUAUUACACUGUUACAUUUGUGCUCUUUCUACAAGACGACAAAACAAGCAAGUCAAUAAACAGUGUCUUUUAUUAAAA